AUUUACUUUCCUUUUUUCGGAGGGUCAUGUCGUCGUCGUCGCAACUGGAGAAUUUAUUGAUUGCCGAACGCGAUCGUCUCACUUCGCUGGGGUUUGAUCAGAUGACAGUUGAGUUCAUCAUCGGUUUGUAUCGCGAAAAUGAGCAGUUGUCCCUUGGUGAUAUCGACGACGAUGUUCUGAAAAUGCUCCUUCAACUUGGUCCAAAGAAGGCUCAAAACGCCUUGACUGAGUUCGCCAUCUCAACGAGACCAAAUUCUUGCAGCCCGAGCCGCCUUUCAAACAAAUCAAAGUAUCUCCGGGAAAUCAUUGCUGUGAUUCGGUCAGCAAAAUACGACACUGGGGAUGAUCAGAACAUAUGCAGCAAUCCACUGAAAACUGAGAAACCGGCGUCUCCGAAGGCUGAAAUACCGGCAUCUCAGAGCUCUCACCAAGACCUACCACGUCGUACUCACAAGCGUCGCAGUGACGAUGAUGAAUUCGAGGGCAGAUCUAAUGGAAUCCCGCAGAACCAACGUCUGUUCGUGAGCAACAUCCCGAAGAACAAGGACAAGUACGAAUUGUUCAACGAGUUCUCCAAGCAUUCAACUGGGCUAGUGGACGUGAUUAUCUACUGCAGUCCAGACGAUAAAAAGAAAAACCGAGGGUUUUGCUUUUUGGAUUACGAUUCUCACAAGAACGCCAGUUCAGCGAAGAAGAAGCUGGGUGCUGGACGCCCGGGUGUCUGGAAUUGUGAUAUCAUUGUUGACUGGGCUGAUCCACUCGAAGAGCCUGACGAGGAGACCAUGUCGAAAGUGAAGGUCCUGUACGUGCGGAAUUUGACGCAACGAGCGACGGAAGACGACAUUAGGGAUCUGUUUCAAGAGUACGGCGUAGUCGAGAGAGUCAAGAAGAUCAAGGACUAUGCCUUUGUGCACUUCACGACCCGAGACAACACCAUUCGGGCUUUGGACGCGUGUCAGGGAAUGGAUUUAUGCGGAGCUCCGAUGGAGAUCACGCUGGCCAAGCCACCGUCUGACAAGCGCAAAAAGGAAGAGAUCCUGCGCAAGAGAGAAAUUCGCAUGACUUCGCUCAUGCACGAUCGCGGAAGGUACUGGAACACGAGCGUGCACGGAACGCAGCGAUCCAGCAGCUUGUCGCGCUCCAGCACCAACACGUCGUUUGACUACAACCUCGCCCGCCUGCAGCAGCCGCAGCAGAUGCCGCUCCUGGCCCUGGCUGGCCUGGGGUCCACGGCCAUCAUCCCGCCGGGCGGCCCGCCGCAAUCCCUCGCCAUGAACAUGCACUCCAGCGGCCAAUUGCAGGUCUCCUACCCGGAACUGCUCAACGCCGCCGACUUUUGGGACGACUUCAACGAGCUGGACAUGGCGUGUAGUCCGUUGGCGCCGGCGGCGGUGCCGGUGCCUGUGGCUGCAGCCGCCGUGGCUGCCGGCGUCCCUGUGGCGCCCAAUGCCGCGUUUCCGUUCCAGCCGUUUUUCCAGCAGCGCGAGGCGUUUGAUUUCAUGCAGAAUUUCCUGUGCGCCCAGCAGUUUCAGCAGGCGAAUGCCUUGGAUUUGCAUCACGAUGCCGGGCAUCACUUGUCGCGCGGGGCGAGGGUUGGAGCGCACCAACGCGGCUGA